GAGAGAGAGAGAGAGCAAGCGCAAAAACAGUGCUCUCUGAGGGAGUGGAACAGACUCGACGGCGACAGGAGCACGGUGGCGCACAUGGAGUGCAGCGUCAGACAGAAGCAGAGCGGCUCCGUAGCCCGCGCAUCCACCCAGCAGCGCUCCGACCACCAGAGCACAGGCACAGCAACAGCCUCCCUCUCACACACCUGAGCAGGCUACUCGGGAGGACACGCACACACACCUUCAUUCCUUUAUAUUGCCUUUUUUUUGUUGUUUUGUUGUUUCCUUAGAAAUUUCAGGGAGUGAAAGAGGAGAAGGCUGGAGGAGAGAAGCAAGAGGGAAGGAGUUGGGCUUUCAACUGACAAACUUCUACAUUCCUGAGGAAAGCAAUGUGCUUCGGUACGGUGUGGGUUUCGCAAUCCAUGUGAGGGAUUGCAGAUCCAACAGAAAUCGCCUUUUGAGUGAACCAUUGGGGGAGAUCUGGUGGACCAUCAGUCGAGUGGAUCCAGUGGAAGGAGUCCGGUGAUCAGCGGUGGCAAGUGGCAAAGCCGGGCAUUUGGUGGAGUGCAGUGGAGGCUGGACUCCAUGGGGGUAGGGUAGGGCAACACUCUUCCCCCUUCUCUCUCCAUGCUCCCCCAGUGCCCCAUGACAGCAUCUCUGUGACCUCUGACCCCUCACCUCCUGGCGUGGGGGCUGACCACCGACGUUCCCGCAGCGUCUGAGGACCGACGGCGGCACCAUGCCGGUCAUGAAAGGGCUGCUGGCGCCCCAGAACACGUUUCUGGACACCAUCGCCACGCGUUUCGACGGAACUCAUAGCAACUUCCUGCUGGGCAAUGCGCAGGGUCACCGCGGCUACCCGAUCGUGUACUGCUCGGACGGCUUCUGCGAGCUGACGGGCUUCGUGCGCACCGAGGUGAUGCAGAAGAACUGCAGCUGCCAGUUCCUGUACGGCGCCGGCACCAGCGAGCACGUGGCCCAGCAGAUGCAGAAGGCUCUGGAGGGCCGGGAGGAGUACCAGACCGAGGUCCAGUUCUACAGGAAGAACGGGAUUGCUUUCUGGUGUCUGCUGGAUAUUGUGCCCAUUAAGAACGAGAAGGGGGAGAUGGUGCUGUUCCUCUUCUCCUUCAAAGACGUCACGGACACCCACGGCAAGGGCCAGCACAGACGGGAUGAUGAUAAGAGGAGGAGGAAGAGCAGCAAUUCCCACCUGAGUGCAGCGCGUAAGAGAGGCCGCUCCAUGCUCUACCAGUUCACCAGCCAGUUCUCCAGGGGCAGCAAGAGCGAGGUCAACAUCAGCACGAACAUGUUCGAGAAGCCCUCUCUCCCAGAGUACAAGGUCGCCACGGUGCAAAAGUCCCGCUUCAUCCUGCUGCACUACAGCAUCUCCAAGGCAUUGUGGGAUUGGAUGAUCCUCCUCGCCACUUUUUACGUUGCCGUGACUGUCCCGUACAACGUGUGUUUCACAGCAUACAACGACCUGGAAACAGCCUCCAGGAGCACCAUCGUCAGUGACAUCGCCGUGGAGAUGCUGUUCAUUCUUGACAUCAUCCUGAACUUCCGCACCACCUACGUGAGUCAGUCGGGCCAGGUGGUGUACGACUCGCGCUCCAUCUGCAUCCACUACGCCGCCACCUGGUUCUUCGUGGACCUGGUGGCGGCGCUGCCCUUCGACCUCCUCUACGCCUUCAACAUCACCGUGACGUCUCUGGUGCACCUGCUGAAGACGGUGCGUCUGCUGCGCCUACUGCGCCUGCUGCAGAAGCUGGACCGCUACUCCCAGUACAGCGCCAUGGUACUGACGCUGCUCAUGUCCAUGUUCGCCCUGCUGGCCCACUGGAUGGCCUGCAUCUGGUACGUCAUCGGCCGCAAGGAGAUGGAGAGCCACAAUCCCGAGGUCUGGGACAUAGGCUGGCUGCAUGAGCUGGGGAAGCGGUUGGAGACGCCGUACAUCAACAGCACCGUGGGGGGUCCGUCGGUGCGGAGCGCCUACAUCGCCUCGCUCUACUUCACCCUCAGCAGCCUGACCAGCGUGGGCUUCGGCAACGUGUGCGCCAACACCGACGCCGAAAAGAUCUUCUCCAUCUGUACCAUGCUGAUUGGGGCCCUGAUGCACGCGGUGGUGUUUGGGAAUGUGACGGCCAUCAUCCAGCGCAUGUACUCGCGGCGCUCCCAGUACCACACGCGCAUGAAGGACCUGAAGGACUUCAUCCGCGUGCACGGCCUGCCCCAGAACCUCAAGCAGCGCAUGCUCGAGUACUUCCAGACCACCUGGUCCGUCAACAACGGCAUCGACGCCAACGAGCUGUUGCACGACUUCCCGGACGAGUUGCGCGCGGACAUCGCCAUGCACCUGAACAAGGACAUCCUGCAGCUGCCGGUGUUCGAGGGCGCCAGUCGCGGGUGCCUGCGCUCGCUCUCGCUGCACAUCAAGACCACCUUCUGCGCGCCCGGCGAGUACCUCAUCCGGCAGGGCGACGCGCUGCACGCCGACUACUUCGUCUGCUCCGGCUCUCUGGAGGUCCUCAAGGAUGGCAUGGUGCUCGCCAUACUGGGGAAGGGGGAUCUGAUUGGCUCCGACCUGCCGUGCCAGGAUCACGUGAUCAAGACCAAUGCAGACGUGAAGGCGCUGACCUACUGUGACAUGCAGUACAUCAACGUGAGGGCACUGCGUGAGGUGCUGGAGCUCUACCCCGAGUACGCCAGCACCUUCACCUCCGACAUCCACCACAACCUCACCUACAACCUCAGAGAAGGCAGCGAAGCAGAGGGUCUUACUCGGUUUUCAAGGUCACCCAGAUUUUCCCACGUGCGUUUGGACACGGUGGAAAGUAAGAUCCCGUCCAUUGUGGAGACGUCGGAGGACGCAUCGGAUGACUUCUUCCGCCUGUCGCCGUCGUCGCGCUCCCGCAAGAACCUCCUGCUGCCCACCCUAGGCAGCCCCGUGCGUCGCACGUCGCUUAGCAACUUGCUAGGCGACGAGCUGCGGCAGUUCAACGCCAUGCGCCGCAGUCGCUCGCCUGCCCCCUCCCCGAAGGUGCCGCCCAAACGAGACCACACCCCUCAGCAGGACAACGAGAGUUUACGGAAACCGGCCAACCUGCUCAUCCCGAACGUUAGCUGCUGUGGUCCUCCGGACCUAAGCCCCAGGGUGGUGGAUGGAGUGGAGGAUAAUAGCCGCACUUUUCACUUUAACGUGGAGCAGCACGGAGCCAAAGCCAGCAGCACCAGAAUAGUACACGAUUCAGCUCAGGUUAAUGCCACGCUCUUACAGGAGACUGAAGAGGUGAGACAAAGCAUCAGUCAGCUCAACAAGAAGAUGGGGACGCUGAACCAGGAAGUGUCCCAGCUCACCAAGGACCUGCACCACAUGAUGCACCUUCUCCAGACGCAGAUGACCGUCCAUCAUUACAGCGCCGCGCUGCCCUCCUACCCAUACGGCGUGCACGUGGUGCCCAGCGCCGUGGCCGGCAGUGGCGGCAGCGCCGCCAGCGCAAACCUGGCCUACGGCGUCUGUCCCAGCAUGCACCUGCACCCGGAGCACCACGCGUCCGACCUGCAUCUCCACCACGAGCAUAUGGUGGCGGGGGGCUCGGAGCUUCAUGCUGUCCACCUCCAUGGGCACGGGGCUACGGAGGGCAUCAGGCAUCUAGCGGCCAGCACCUGGAGCACACAGGGUGCGUCCUCUGCAGGCCUGACCCAAUCAGGAGACGGGUCCCUUCAUCCUUCUGAUCAGGCACAUCCCCAGCCACCCUCCAGCCCUGGAGCGGGGUCCUGUUUCCCCGGCGGGCCUUGCCCAUCCUCCUGCAGCUGUGUCUCCUCCCACACAGGACACCGUCAGCACCCGCUCUCUGCGUCCUCCCUCCUCACCAUCGCCCCAGGCUUCCUGGGCUCCACCCCAGGACAGGUGCCUCACGCUGGGCUUGAGGACGCUGGCCUGGCCCUGGGUGAGACUGCUUCUGGUGGUGGCAGUGGUGGUUCAAUAGCCAGUAUAAGCCAAUCGCAGCCCAGUCUGUGCACGCAGCCCCCCCACCACUACCACCACGGCUCGGACUUCUCCAACCUCCUGUCCAGCGCCCCCACCUCCACGCACUCUUUGGUGACGGCGCCCCCCUACCCGCACCUCUACGUCCCCACCGCGGAGCCUGCCUUACCCCCUCUGAUGGCCCCCCACAGUGGCCUGAGCCUGGACUCUAUGAGUAAUGAGUCCGUCGCCGUCGUGCCCCCUCCCCCCCUGCCGCCGCCAUCCUCCCACCGCCGCAGCCCGGACACCACCAGCCUCCUGGACGGCGUCAGCAUGGAGGACGGCUUCUGUCUGGUGGAGAGGUGUCCAUCGUCGCCGCCGCUGCCCACAUCCUCCUGCUCUCCCGCCUCCUCCUCGCCGCCCCCUCCGACCUCCUCCGUCCCCAGGCAGCCGUCCGUGUCCUCCCUGGGCUCCAGCCCGCUGAGGCCCCUGCCGCUGCCCCUGGGGGACUCGUCAGCGGUGGGCCACACCAGCCUGGAGUGCCUGCUCGGGGAGCAGGGCUCCAUGGAGAGCCGGGACAGCGAGCAGUCGGGCUCGCGGCGGUCCAGCGUCGGCCCGCAGUCCUCCUCGCAGAGCCAGACUCAGAGCUCCGAGACGUCCUGGUCCCUGGACCUCAUGGAAUGAGGUGGUUUAAUGGGAGGACAGAAAUUAAAGGUCAGAGGUGAAUAGAUCAGAAGGUCACAAGUUGAGGGCCAGAUUGCACAUUAGCCCCAGGGGCCAGGCUUGAAAGCUUAGAAACAUCCAAGAGCACGGACCAGAUAGACUGACCUGGUUUUUGAAGACCUUGAGGUGAAAGGUCAAGGAGGUCAAAGUUUAGAAAGACCCAGGAAAGGAAGAAAAUGUAGCAUGUGUGAUCCACAGGACAGGUUCCAUGAUUUGUUUGCAGUGAAUUAUUGUUUUAAGAGUGUUAUUUAUUAUUAAUUUAUUAUUAUUUAUUUAUGUAUACAUUUAUUUAUUUAUACAUUUAUUUAUUUAUUUUAGUUACGCACUUGUGUGUUUGUUGGUUUGUUUCCAUAUCAUGGAACCAGGUGUGUUUGACUUUGACUUCACUCUGACAACUCUUCUAUGCAAGCCGCAUGUUUAGUGUGCAUUAUGGGAACUCCAUUUGUGAUAUCAUCUCUCAGUAUCUCACAGUGACAAAGCCUUUAAUUACAGAUGAUUUGCAGUAGCUGUAGAACAUAGAGUUUGCAGUGAGGCCAAUGAGACUGACUGGCAGACGACGUCCAUCGCUAUUAUAUAGUCUGUCACAGAGCUUGUACUCUAGUUAUGCACUGAAGAAUCACUCCUAUUAGAAUCUGAAGAAUCAUUCCUAUUCCUGUCCUCUCUCGUUUUUCUUUCAUCUUUCUAUCUGUUACUCUCUUUCUCUCAUUGUUAUCUCUCUAUCCCUCUGUACUACAGGUUUAGUAUGUUAAUAUUAUCUUACCUCCUUGCAUGGUAAAGUUGCUAAUUCUUUUCCUAAGGAAAAGGUAUUCAACUGAAAUGUGUUAACAUUCCGAUGGACAGUGACUGGAAUUCUUAAGGAUGUGAAGAAUUCCUCCCUGACUUCAUAAACAGCAUUUCUCCAUGGACUUCUGAAAUCCGCAGAAAAACUGCUCUCUAGAAAAGUUCCAGAGUUCAGGAGAGAGGUGACAUCAACACAUCCCCAGUGAUUUUUUAAAACAAAAGUCACAAGCAAUGUUUGGACGGCCUGGUUUUCUAUCUAGUAUAAUAAUGCAUUGUAAUUCAGCAAAUGAUUUCCUCAUUAGAAUGCUUCUUCAUGUGGUGGAAUGUUUUUAAUGUUUCAUCUGCUCCAAGCAAUGCUGGUCAAUGAGGGAGAGUUUUUUUGUUUUUAAGCAAAUUUAUGAAGAUCAUUUUUUUCCUCCCAGAGCAUUAAAAAUUCAGCACAACCUCAAUCAGUUUUUGAGGCCUGCUCUCCAGAGCAUUAAAUAUUAAACUCCGAUGUUAAAAGUUCAUUCAAACAUUGUCACCAGAUGGAAAUAUGUGAUGGUGGUCAUUAGACUCAGCCCUCGAGCCAUGAUCUGUUUAUGUGAUUUAAAUCCCCUGAGACAUCCCAUAAUGCUCUUUCACUGCUCAGCUAAUAUGCUGUUAAAAUUUAGUCAAGAUAUGUGCAGGGAUGGGUAACAAUUUGUUUGAGCCUUCCAUCACGAAACUGACAUAAUUACUCAUAGACAUGUCAUGGUCGAGCCCAUAGUCUAAUAAUGACUAUUAGCCAGACCUGAUUUCUCUAAUAAGAUGGUGUGGCAUAGGCAUGCCACGGUUACGUCAGGUUUAUGAUGGAAGGUUAAACUUAAGUGUUACCGAACUGUUAUGCCAAUCAGGCGUAUGCCAUGUUUAUUCAAAGAAUGCAGUUUAUAUUCCCACAGGAGCAAAGAGAAAUUAGUCUAGCAACACUUUCAAAGAUAUUCAUAUGAAUCCUGAAGGGAGAACAAGGACAACAAUGUAGUGUUUUUGGCAGAUGAGAUUUCUUAUUGAACCCUCAGGGUGGGUGAAAUCGUGAUAUUGUCAUGCUCAAUUUAAAUGAAAGCUUUUUAAAGAUCUGAUCUGCCCAAAUAUCCAUUGAAGCCGCCGAGACGUAGCCCCCGACGGUGAGACCAAACUAACAAGUCCUUUGGGGUCCACUGUCAUCUUUGAUUCACCCGAUCUCGCGCAAGUCUAUGAUCAUGCAUUAGCAUUUUGUGACUAGAAGUAAUUAGCGGCCCCUUUUUGUCUGUCUCUGUCAUGAAGCCAGAUUCAGACGGAAAUACAAACUUCUUGAUGAAAACAGUAGCAAGUCUCCAUGGUUUUAUCUUGGACUUGCAUACUCUUCCCAGCUGAAGUGCAGUGGAGCAAACACAAGCAUGUUAACAUAACAGCCGUCUCCUUUCUGUCGCCAUGGAAACAAAUACCAAUGGUCACAAAUAGACCAGAGCUUAUUAAUGUUGGAUUUGAAUGUUUAUGUAAAUAUAUGAAAUAUAAAAUAUUAUACUAUAUAUUGAUUUAUUGCACUUUAGGUCAUAUUGGCCUUUAAAGGAACACGCCACCCAAUGUCAGUAGUAAUAUAUGUUCUGACCUUAACUUUCAC